AUGGCGUGGAAGAAACCCGGGAUACUGACAGGGCCGCCAAAGAACCCCAAGGAUGACUCAAGCUUUCCGGGCCUCAAGCCCGCCGGCGCGGAUGCGACGACCAAGAUUGAGUACGAGGAGCUCCAGAGGAACGAGAUUUUUGCCCUAGAGGCCAUCUACGGAGAUGAUUUCAUCCAGCACACCGCGGCGCAUAGCGCUUGGAAGAAGUCCGAUCCCUCAUUCGAUAUUCGGAUCAAGGCUCCAAGCGAUGAAGAGCUUGCCGUCACUGUCAGCUUUACUCUGACGGCGACGUAUCCAAAGACACCGCCGCUCAUGACGCUCAAAGGCCAGCAGUAUCUGCGCGAGGUCACUGCGUUUAAGAUUCAGAAGUUUAUGGAAACGCAGCCCAAGAUUUUUGCCAAGGAAGCAGAAGAAAUGAUAUACAAGAUUGUCGAGGGCAUCCAGGACAUCCUUGAAGAUGCUGCGCAGGCAAAGGCAUCUGGUAAACAGCUGCCAUCGCUGGAAGAAGAACGUGACAGACAUGAAGCUGCCUUGGCAAAGCUGGCACAGGAGCAAAAGGAGAAGGAGAAGCAGCUGGAAGAAGAGGAGUUGAAAGAAAAAGAGAAGGCUGCCGCUGAGGAACUGCAACAGGAGCUCCAACGGCAGAAGCAAAAGGCGCGAGAGUCAAGAUUCAGUCGCCGCUCAAACGGCUUGAGUCCCCAUCGGCCAUCCUCAUCCUCAGUGUCGAACGGUGAGACGAUUGAGUUCGAUCAGUUUUGCACUAUGAACGAUCGCAUGGGGAACGCUUUGACUUUCAGGUCCGUCACAGGCAAGACUGAUCCACGUGCUGGAGAGGCUUCCACCGUGUAUACUGUUCGCCCAGUGCUCUCUCAUGGUCAAGGCAACCAGCAGUUGGCGUUGAAGGAAGUUGUCCUGCGCCCAAACGGAAAAGAUCAAAAAGAGUUCAAAAAGCAGCUGCAGUCUCUAGAAUCUCGGCUGCAGGAUCUCAAGAUUGGCACCAAGGUCCAUCACCGACACCUGGUCGACAUCCUGGAUUUCAAAGUCGAGAGUGGUGUAGCUGCUGAUCGUCCUACAGCCAACGCGUGGACAGUGAGGGUCCUGACCCCUUUGGCAGAGAGAGGCUCUCUGGAGGAAUUAUUGGAGUUGGCGGGCCAUCUCGAGAUAGGAAAAGUUCGCUCCUGGACAAGAGAUCUCCUAGAUGCUCUCAACUUCCUUCACAAUAAGAACAUUGCACACCAAGACAUUCACGCCAGGAACAUUCUUCUCUUUAGGGAGUCUACUGGAGAAAUCAUACCCAAAAUCUCCGAUGCUUCAUACCAGAGAGAGAUCCUCAACCUCGGCUCCAAAAAGCAAGGCCCCCCUGGGCUCGCUACCGCAAAGUCUGCCUAUUGGCUGCCACCAGAGAUCGCCGCAGCUACCAAACCUCAGUACACAUCCAAGUCGGACAUCUGGGACUUUGGAAUCGUCUUUGUGCAGAUGGUAUUCGGCUUGGAUGUGCUUCGCAAGUACUCGUCUCCUAAGAAUCUGAUGGAGUCGGUGAUGCUCUCCCACCCCCUCCAGGAACUGGUUAGUCGUUUCUUCAAAGAUGAUAGGCAGAAGAGACCGAGAGCAUUCGAACUUGGUGCCAGCGAAUUUCUAGCGACAGAUGCUCCCGUCCUGUUUGAAGACAGCCAUGCCAUGCUGGCUCACAGCCCGUCCGUCAAUUCUCUGCAGUCCCUUCCCGUGAGGCUCAGGAGAGACUCCAUGACGAAUAGGUCCUUAACGGUGUCUCGGUACACAGAAGACUUUGUGGAAGAGGGAAGACUUGGCAAGGGCGGGUUUGGCGAAGUAGUCAAAGCCAGGAAGAAGCUGGAUGGCCAGAUAUACGCCAUCAAAAAGAUCACACAGCGUUCGCAAGCGAGUUUGUCGGAGAUCCUCAAAGAAGUUCGACUGCUCUCGCAGCUUAGCCAUCCCGCAGUGGUACGGUAUUACAACACCUGGGUUGAAGAAAUCCCAGAUUCGGUUGAUACCGAGGGUGAAACAUCCACGGAUGACUAUACUGAGGAUACCCGGGACACGGGCAACGAAUCAGCUGGCAUUGACAUCCAGUUCGCUACGAGCACUGGUGGCCUUGAUUUCAUAUCGUCCAAUGCCGCAGCGGAGUUCGACUAUGACACGGACGACGACGACGAUGACGAGGAAGAUAAUGAUUUAUCCGAUGACGAAGAGGACGACGAUCGAAGCUCAAUUGUGGACUCUGCCGGUCAUCGCGACAAGCAUCAAGAGAAAGAGAGGUUGGCUGCCAUCCAGCGGCGCACUCGAAUGCAUCGGUCCUACCGGACUGUUCUCUACAUCUCUAUGGAGUACUGCGAGAAGCGGACUUUGAGAGAUCUCAUCGCACGGAAGCUCUACAAGAAUACUCCAGAAGUUUGGCGUCUUUUCAGGCAAAUCCUGGAGGGCCUGGCGCACAUUCAUUCGCUGAGUAUUGUUCACCGCGAUCUAAAGCCAGAGAACAUCUUCAUUGCCAGCAGCGCCGAUGGCGUGGACAAUGUCAAGAUUGGCGACUUUGGGCUGGCAACCAGCGGCCAGUUCUCCGUGGAUCGGGCCACUGUCAACGGCUAUGAGGCCGACGACAUGACCAGAAGUAUCGGAACCGCCUACUACUCUGCUCCAGAAGUGAGGUCCGCAUCCAACGCCACGUAUAGCACCAAAGUCGACAUGUACUCGCUCGGAAUCAUCUUUUUCGAAAUGUGCUACAUGCCGAUGAUGGGCAUGCAGAAAGCCGACGUCCUUGGACAGCUUCGACGUCCUGUUCCUGUCCUCCCCUCGGAUUUCAGACCUGCCGAAAAGACACAGACCGAAAUCGUUCUCUCACUUGUUAAUCACAACCCCAAAGAGCGGCCAUCCAGUGCUGAUCUUCUCAAAAGCGGCAAAUUGCCCGUCCAGAUGGAGAGCGAGACUAUCAGGCGGACAUUGGCAGGGCUGGCAGACCCCAACUCGCCGUACUAUCGGAAAAUGCUUUCAACGCUCUUUGCUCGGCCUGUGGAGGCAGCCAAGAAUUUUGCAUGGGACAUGAAUAGUGUCACGCCCAGUGCUGCUGAGCUUUUAAACCAAAGCAUCGUCAAGAAUGCGCUGGUGGCCAUCUUCCGCCGGCACGGAGCUCUCGAGGCAACACGAACGUCCAUCUAUCCCAAAACUUCGCACUAUGCUGACAACGUCGUACGACUUCUCGAUUCCAACGGCACCGUUCUCCAGCUUCCCUAUGACCUUACCAUGGGACACGCCCGAAUGUUGGCAAAGCACUCACAGUCCCAUCCGCUGCAGCGUACUUAUACGUUUGGCAGCGUGUUCAGAGACAAGCAAGACACAGGGCAGCCUCAAAUGUUUGGCGAAGUGGAUUUCGACAUUGUGACGACGGACACGCUGGACCUUGCGCUGAAGGAGGCCGAGGUCUUGAAAGUCUUGGACGAAAUUCUCCUUACCUUUCCAUCCUUGUCUGCCUCUCAGAUGUGCUUCCACAUCGGACAUUCGGAUAUCCUGCAGCUUAUUUUCGAGUAUUGCGGUAUUCCGACUUCUUCCAGAAGAGCAGCGGCAGAUGUCCUGUCCAGACUCAACAUUCACAACCAUACAUGGCAGAAGAUUAGGAUGGAGCUCCGGUCACCUGCCGUUGGCAUCUCAGCUACCAGUAUUGACGAACUCCAGCGUUUCGAUUUUCGAGACACACCAAACAAGGCUUUUGCAAAACUGAAGCUCGUCUUUGAGGGCAGCGAUAUGUAUCAGCGUGCCUCGUCGACAAUAGCACACCUCAAGGAAGUGGUUGAGUAUACCAAGCGACUGGGCAUCAGUACCAAGAUCUACAUCAAUCCUCUCAACAGUCUCAAGGAAGCCUUCUAUGUCGGUGGCAUCCUCUUCUCGUGCAUCUACGAUAAGAAAGCCAAGGACGUUUUCGCGGCAGGUGGCCGAUACGACCACUUGAUCAAUGAGCAGCGCCCCAAAAUCGGAGGACAAUUUGAGAAGCGCCAUGCCGUCGGAUUCAGCCUGGCUUGGGAGAGGCUGGCAAAGACGCCAAAAUCUGGCGGCUACUCGUUCCUGCGGAAAGGCGAAGAAGACGUGAGCAGUAUGUUCAGCAGUAAGCGGUGCGAUAUACUGGUGGCCAGCUUUGAUCCCGCCACCCUCCGUUCCUCUGGUAUUGAGGUUUUACGAUUGCUUUGGUCACACGAUAUCAGCGCAGAACUCGCCAGAGACUCGAGGUCCCCUGAAGACCUGAUGUCGAAACACCGGGAUGAGAGCUACUCUUGGAUUAUCAUCAUCAAGCAAGAUUCUAUGCUUAAGAUCAAGACUGUAGGGAAGAAGGAUGUGCCGGACGUGGAUCUUCCCAUGGCGCAGCUUAUUUCUUGGCUAAAGCCCGAGAUUCGAGACCGGGAUAUCAAGGCCGCGACCAAGUUCCGCGGAACGCCCGAGCCUGCACCGCAAGGCGAGAAAGAACAUGAGCAGGAGGUCAAGAUCUUGGUUGCUCAGACCAAGAGCAAGAAGUUCAAUCGACGAACAGUGGUGGAACAGGCACAAAUCACAGCGGCUUCGUUGAUGAAUUCGUUCCUCGAAGGUCCCAUCUUGGCUGUCGAGACCAGCGACCACUUGAUGGAGCUGGUACAGAACACGAAGCUGUCGGACCCUGAAAGCUGGCGCAAGGCUGAACAUAGCGUGACGACGUCGGAGAAGAAGAAUGUGCGCGAAAUCCACGACCAGCUGGACACUUGGAGGUACAAGUACGAAAAGAAGGGCGGCUCCAAGCAUUCAUUCUUGUACAACUUCCGGUCAGGCACCUGCAUGUACUACGAUUUGUCGGGAUGA